AUGCAAUACUCAACUUUAUUAAUCAUCGCUUCAACCUUGGUUGCUUCAUCAUACGGUGUAAGCUCAUCUACUGCAUUGCAAACUGUUACCGACCACCAAACCACCGAAGCCACCAUCACCUCAUGCUCACACGAGGCCUGUGUCUCUACUACAAACUCAGUAAUCCCAUCAGUUGCUACUACUACUGUUGAAGGUGUCGAAACUAUAUACACUACUUACUGCCCUUUGUCAAGUGAAGAAGCUGCUGCUUCAUCUGCUCCUGCUGCUGCUCCAUCUGCCCCAGCUGCUGCUCCAUCUGCCCCAGCUGCCGGUUCAUCUGCUCCUGCUGCUGCUCCAUCUGCUCCUGCUGCUGCUCCAUCUGCCCCAGCUGCCGGUUCAUCUGCUCCUGCUGCUGCUCCAUCUGCUCCUGCUGCUGCUCCAUCUGCCCCAGCUGCCGGUUCAUCUGCUCCUGCUGCUGCUCCAUCUGCUCCUGCUGCUGCUUCAUCUGCCCCAGCUGCUGGUUCUGCUCCUGCCGCUUCCAACCCAGGUACCCUUGCUGCUGAAGCCUCCACCCCUGCAUCUUCAGAAUCAGACCAAUACGUUGACGUUACCGAAACCCCAACCGUUUCCGCCACUGAAAAUGUCGAGGCCACCGAGACUGCCCAAUCAACCUUGUUCACCUCAUCUGCUUCUGCUGGUAACAACUCGUCUUCCGCCGCUGCUGUCUCAUCUUAUGAAGCUGGUGCUCAAAGAGUUGCUGUUGGUUUCGCUGCUGUCGCUGGUUUGGCAGCUGCUUUGGUAUAA